AUGCCGAUCCUCAGUCGCUGGACCGCGGAUAUUCCAGGCGGUUCCUUGCAGCAAUGGACCUUUGGGUCGUCCUUUGAUCCAUUGCCAGAGACUCCUCAGUACAUUGACCCCGAGAGACCCGAUACGCAUUUUCUCACACGGUCGCAAUACCGACUAUGGUCCAAGAGACUCGCAAUUGGCCUUGUCGAGGCAGGACUGCGACCCGGCGACAGGGUCCUUCUCUUUUCGGGAAACAAGCUCUUUACCCCCGUGGUGUUCAUGGGCGUAUUGAUGGCCGGUGGUGUCUUUACCGGCGCCAACCCGAGUUUUGUCGCAAGGGAGCUGGCGUACCAGCUCAAGGACAGCGGCGCUGCUUUUCUGAUUGCCGCUGACACCAGCAUGGAAAUUGCCGUCGAGGCCGCCGCCGAAGCUGGUCUGCCAAAGUCCAAAGUUUACAGCUUCGAUGCUACAGCCCUCGACCCGACCCCAGGAAAGGCACCUUUGGGGGCCAAGCACUGGACUUCUUUGCUCGCUCCGAUAGAGAAAGCUGAGAAGUGGGAUUGGUAUGAACCCUCGGAUCCCAAGACUGCCACUUGCUGUCUCAACUACAGCUCUGGCACGACGGGUGUCCCCAAGGGUGUCGAAAUCAGCCACUACUCUUAUAUUGCCAAUGGUGCUGGUGUCAUGUACAUCCAGAAGCUCAAAUCUGACUAUGAAGACUGGGCUCGCCGAGCCCGCCAGCUCUGCUUCCUGCCCAUGUACCACGCCUUUGGUCAGACCUACUUCAUCACGAUUUUCCCGCGCAUGGGGACACCCGUCUACAUUAUGCCCUCGUUCGAUUUCGUCAAGAUGCUCGAGUAUGUGCAACGGUUCCGGAUCUCGGCGCUGACAUGCGUCCCGCCCAUUGUUGUCGCCUUGGCCAAGCACCCGUUGGCCCGCAAAUACGAUCUCAGCUCCAUCGAAGGUCUCGGCAGUGGUGCUGCACCACUCAGCAUGGAAGUCAGCGCCGAGGUAGAGAAGCUGUGGCCGUCUGGAGAUGUCCUGGUUCAUCAAGGCUGGGGCAUGACGGAGGUGACCUGCACCUGUAUCGGCUGGGACCCCAACACCUCGUUCCGAAGCAUCGCUGUCGGUGAAAUGAUGCCCAACUGCAAGGGCAAGAUCAUGGCUCUUGACGGCUCCGGCGAGAUUACCGCCCCCAACCAGUCUGGCGAGAUCUGGGUCUCGGGCCCCACGCUGAUGAAGGGUUACUGGAACAAACCUGAAGCCACGGCCGGCACGAUCCACGUCGAUGCCGACGGCACGCGGUGGCUCAAGACGGGCGAUAUCGCCUUUGUCGAGAAAUACGGCCCCGGUGGCCUCUGGCACGUUAUUGAUCGCCUCAAGGAGCUGAUCAAGGUCAAGGGCAACCAGGUGGCACCGGCCGAGCUGGAGGGCGUCCUGCUCGACCACAAGUCUGUCGUCGACGCUGCCGUCGUCGGUGUCACCAUUAAUGGUGAAGAGGUUCCCCGGGCCUACAUUGUGCCCAAUCCCGAAGCCAAGGUCUCGGAAAAGGAAAUUGCCGCCUGGAUGCAGAACAAGGUUGUCAGGUACAAGUGGCUCAAGGGCGGAGUCGUCUACGUGCCAGAAAUCCCCAAGAAUCCGUCUGGCAAGAUCUUGAGAAAGGAACUGAGAGACCGUGCUGCCAAGGAAGUGGGGGACAGAAAGCCAGCAACCUCGAAGCUUGCCUAA